UUUGCUGCAACGCAUAUUUGUCCACUUUGCAGAGAACCUGGCUGAGAGUUCACUGCUCAACAAGCUGCUCCACACCUCGCUGGUAGAGAACAGCCACCACGUGGAGCUGCUGCAGCAGGACCCCUCCUCCCCGCUCUUCUCCAUCAGAACCUUCGAGGAGCUGCACCUGAAAAAGGAGCUUUUACAGGGUGUGCACACCAUGGGCUUCACCAGGCCUUCGAAGAUCCCGGCGAAUGCUCUGCCCCUCUCGAUGGCACGUCCGUGAGUCCUGACCCCGCAGGAAGGGGUGAACCAGCCCCGGUGCUCUGCCUCCCUGUGGUGCUGGCGCACAGAGCCCAGACUUCUGCUGCU